CCAAGAUGGCGGCAGCGGCGGCGGCGGGUCGGCUGUCAUGGUAACCCUUCCCCAGCCUGAAGCCCCCCAGUCUCCCCUCCCUUCCACCUUGUGGUUGUGGAGCCCCAAACCUUUCUGGACUCCGCAUCAAGAGAAGGUGGCUAAGCAGUGCAGCUGAUAUGGGCUGAAACUACACUUCUGGAUCUCCCCCAGCCUACAACACAGGAGAUGCAGGGGCUGAGGCUGAAGACUGAAGAGAAUCUGGAUUCACUUACAAUGUUUUGUGGGGAACAGAGAGACUAAUAAGGGCUCAGGUUAACUGUUCUCUCCUUCCCUGACCACUUCUUCUAAGGAUGCCUGGAGGCCCAGCUAGGGCCUGAGCUCGGCCCCAUGCGGCUCACCCGCUGCCAGGCUGCUCUGGCAGCCGCCAUCACACUCAAUCUCCUGGUCUUCUUCUAUGUCUCGUGGCUGCAACACCAGCCUAGGAACUCCCGGGUCCGGGGCCCCCGUCGUGCAUCUGCCUCUGGGCCUCGUGUCACCAUCCUAGUGCGGGAGUUCGAAGCAUUUGAUAACGCGGUGCCCGAACUGGUGGACUCCUUCCUACAGCAGGACCCCACCCAGCCCGUGGUGGUGGUGGCCGACACGCUCCCCUACCCACCCCUGGCCCUGCCUCGCAUUCCCAAUGUUCGCCUGGCACUUCUCCAGCCUGCCCUGGACCGGCCUGCCGCAGCCUCCCGCCCAGAGACCUACGUGGCCACCGAGUUCGUGGCCUUGGUGCCUGAUGGGGCUCGGGCUGAGGCACUGGGCCAGCUGGAGCGCAUGGCAGAGGUGCUCCGGGUGGGAAGUGCACGCCUGGUGGCCGCCCCCGUGGCCACAGCCAACCCUGCCCGGUGCCUGUCCCUGAACAUUAGCCUUCGAGAGUGGACCGCCCGCUAUGGCCAAGCACCCACUGCGCCCCGCUGCGAUGCCCUGGACGGGGACGCAGUGGUGCUCCUUCGCGCACGUGACCUCUUCAACCUCUCGGCACCAAUGGCCCGGCCUGUGAGCACUAGCCUUUUCCUGCAGACCGCCCUUCGUGGCUGGGCAGUGCAGCUGCUGGACUUGCCCUUUGCCGCAGCAAGUCAGCCCCCGCUGGCCACAGCCCACGCGCGUUGGAAGGCUGAGCGUGAGGGGCGCGCUCGGCGGGCAGCACUGCUACACUUGCUGGGCAUCCGCCUGGUGAGCUGGGAGGGCGGGCGGCUUGAGUGGUUUGGCUGCACCAAGGAGACCACGCGGUGCUUCAGCACAGUGGUGGGCGACACACCGGCCUACCUAUACCAAGAGCGCUGGACGCCCCCUUGCUGUCUGCGCGCACUUCGGGAGACCGCGCGAUACGUGGUGGGGGUGCUGGAGGCCGCAGGUGUGCGCUACUGGCUGGAGGGCGGUUCACUGCUAGGGGCGGCCCGCCAUGGGGACAUUAUCCCGUGGGACUACGAUGUUGAUCUGGGCAUCUACUUGGAGGACGUGGGCAACUGCGAGCAACUGCGGGGAGCUGAGGCUGGUUCUGUGGUGGAUGAGCGCGGCUUCGUGUGGGAGAAGGCCGUGGAGGGUGACUUUUUCCGCGUGCAGUACAGUGAGAGCAACCACCUACAUGUGGACCUGUGGCCCUUCUACCCCCGCAAUGGAGUCAUGACCAAGGACACAUGGCUAGACCACAGGCAGGAUGUCGAGUUCCCCGAGCACUUCCUGCAGCCUCUGGUGCCUCUGCCUUUUGCUGGCUUCAUGGCACAAGCGCCUAACAACUACCGCCGUUUCCUGGAGCUCAAGUUUGGCCCUGGAGUCAUAGAGAACCCCGAAUACCCCAACCCAGCUCUCCUGAGUUUGACAGGCAGCAGCUGAAGCCCUGUUGCCCUUACCUAGGGUCCAGGGAACAUUCCAGUUGUUUUAGAGCAGUCUAUCUGGAUGUGGAGAAGCUUGGUGUGGGCGUGAGGAGUGUGUGGUAGAGAGGGAGAGGGGGGAACUUACCAAGAAAGAAACUAGAGGGAAAGCAGGAUGGAAGCCUGGCUUUGGCAGGAGAGAACCCAGCCAAAGAUGUGAAGGAAGCUCCAUCCAGAGAUUCUCAAAUGUUCCUUCUCAUCAGGAGUCAGAUAUGUGUGAGAGCAUCAGAAGCAUCCUGGUCAUCAAAGGAGCCACUAGCAUUUGGUGGAUGGAGCCAGAGUGCCAAGCCUCCUGCAAGGCCCCUCUUAGUCCUAGACCUCAAAGAAGGGGCCCUGCCCAAGAAUCCAAGAGCCCUGUGCUGGGAAGCUAAGUUGGAGUUUUUGGAAAGAAAGAGUGUAAGCUCUGGGGCUAGACUGGUGAUAUUCAUAUCCUGGCUCUACUUAGCCCUUACUAGUUAGGUGGGCCUGGGGCGGUGUCACAGUUUCUCUGUGCUUCAGGUUACUCCCAGCAUUCAGUGAGUGCCCUGGGUAUCAUAGAAUAAGCCUCCAGGGCCUGUGGCUGCUGAGGUCGCUUCCACCACUAGAGGGCGUGUCUGACCCGCUCCUGAUGUUGCACAGUCUCACUGCCUAAGUCAGUCCCUGUGUGAAAUAGGGACAGAAAUGACUAUCUCCUCUUCCAGAAGACCUCUUUCCCUCCUGAGAGAACUCUGUGAGGUGCAUGCUGCUAUUAACUCGCCUUGCACAGGAGAAAACAGGCUCCUCUUCCAGGUGCAGCUAUGGUCACUAAUGGGGUUGGGGAUCCCAGCCCCACUCAUUGUUAUUACCUCAUUAUUUCAGCUCUCUGUGCCUGUCUUUUAACUUGCACAGCAGGGUAAAUGAUAAUAACUAUAGUUCAUAUUCACUUAGCACUUACCUGGGUACCAGGCAUUGUUCUCGGCAUUUCACAUGGGUUAACUGAUUUGUCCCUCACCUCAACUUUCUGAAGUGACAGCUGCUAUAAUUUCCAUUUUACAGAUGAAGAAACUGAGGCCAGAUGAUGAAGUCACUUGCCCAAGAUCAGACAGCUUAGGAAGUGGCAGAUUGGGGACUUGAACCCAGGUGGUCAGGCUCUAAGCCCACACUGGACUUACCAUCACCCUCUCUACUGACGGUUCUCAGGAGGGGGGUGGGGAGGCCAUGCUACUUAGCAGGCAGAAGCAUUGGCAACCUUCCUUUUUUGAUUAAGCUCCUAAAAGUAAAUAGUAUGGGUGGCACCUGUGGCUCAGUGAGUAGGGCACCGGCCCCAUAUGCCGAAGGUGGCGGGUUCAAACCCAGCCCUGGCCAAACUGCAACAAAAAAAAAAAUAGCCGGGCAUUGUGGUGGGCACCUGUAGUCCCAGCUGCUCGGGAGGCUGAGGCAAGAGAAUCGCGUAAGCCCAAGAGUUAGAGGUUGCUGUGAGCCGUGUGACGCUACGGCACUCUACCAAGGGCAGUACAGUGAGACUCUGUCUCUACAAAAAAAAAAAGAGUAAAUAGUAUUUGGAGAUGUACUCCCAAUAUGUAUAUAUUUAUUUAUUUAAUAUAAAUGAUGCACAGGAACUAUUAUCAGUGUGUAUGUUGGCAAUAACACUUAAAUUAUUCCAUUUUAGAAUAGUAGAUAUGAAUAGAUGUUUUUAUGCUUUCUCACCUCAUCCCAGUGACUUUUUCCACACACACCCCUGGGUGUGUGAGUCUGGUUUUGAAGAUUACAGGUUAAAAAAAACCCAUAGGCUCUGAGGCAAGAGAAUACUGGUUUCAAACCUUAGCACUGCCAGGUCCACCCUGGGCCUCCUGAACCUCUGCUUUGCAUCUGGGACACAGGGGCAGUAAGAUUGGUUAUCCCACAGGAGUGCAUUUACAGUAAAGGGGUUGAGAAGCAGGCUGGGUUUGAAUCCUGGCUUGGCCACUUUCUUUAUGAUCUUAGGCAAGUUGCUCUGAACCUGUAAGGUGGGGGAUUGGUACUACUGCAGAUUGUACACUUCUUGGAGGAGGAGGCUUCAUAGAUUAGGAGGAGAAACUAAUCUCCUAAGGCUCAGACACUCAAGGGCUGAUUUCUUAUAACCCAGCCUCUGCUUUUAACCACCUAACCUGCAAAUGGUUGACAAAGAGACUGUCAGGUUCCUGGAGAGCAUUCUGGGAAGUGUAUGGGGAUGGUUUGGGUUAUCACCAUGACCAGAUAGUGCUCUUGGCAUGUAAGAGGCAUGGCCCAGGACUGUUAUGCUUAAUUGUGACAGCACAUCUACACAGUAAAGUGAGUCCUGUUUCAUACUGUUCCCAAAUGUCCUAUUAGACAUUCAUGCAGGAAAGAUGAUAUUCAAAAUAUUUUGUAACUGGUAUGAUAAUAUAAAUUAAUAUGUAUCUAUAUGUAUCAAAUUAUAAAAUAUUCCUUUUAUUCUUUAAUCCAAGUGAUUUUACCUAUAUAUACAUAUUUCUUUAGAUUGUUUACCAAGAAUAUAUGUUUAAACUCAAUUCAUUCUCAAAUUGUUGUAAUGAUAUUGUUUUAUUUAGAAAUCAUUUUGGCUUUUUAGAUAGGGUCUUACUCUAUCACCCCGACUAGAGUGGCAUGAUCACAGUUCACUGCAGCCUCAAACUCCUGGGCUCAAGUGAUCCUCCUGCCUCAGCUUCCUGAGUAGCUGGGACUGCAAGUGUGAGCCACUAUGCCUGCCUAAUUAUUUUUUGUAAAGGCAAAGUCUCACUAUGUUGUCCAGGCUGGUCUUGUACUUCAGGCCUCAAAGGAUCUUCCAGCCUUGGCUUCCCAAAAUGCUGGGAUUACAGGCAUGAUCUGCCACACCCAGCCAUUGCUUAGAAAUUAUAGUGUGAUUUCUUUCUUUUUUUAUUAUUAUUUCAAAAUUUCAAGGGGGUACAAAUGUUUGUUACCUGGAUACACUGUAUAAUGCUGAAGUAGGUGUUUUCAGCGUGCUGGCCAUCAGGUCAGUGCUCAUUGUAUUCAAUAUGUAAAUUUUUUUUUUUUUUGAGACAGAGUCUUACUCUGUCACCCUACAUAGAGUACUAUGGUACCAUAUCUCACAGCAACCUCAAACUCUCCAGCUCUAAGCAAUCUUCUUGCCUCAGCCUCUGAAGUAGUGGGACAAUAGGCACCCACCACAACGCCCAGCUAGUUUUUCUUUUCUUUUCUUUUUUUUUUUUUUUUUUUUUUUGAGACAGUCUCACUUUAUCACUCCUAGUAGAGUGCCAUAACAUCAUAGCCCACAGCAAUCUCAGACUCUUGGGCUCAAGUGAUUCUCUUGCCUCAGCCUCCCAAGUAGCUGGGACUACAGGCGCCCACCACAGUGCCUGGCUAUUUUUAGAGAUGAGGUCUCGCUCUUGCUCAGGCUGGUCUCGAACCUGUGAGCUCAGGCAAUCCACCCACCUCAGCCUCCCAGAGUGCUAGAAUUACAGGCAUGAGCCACCGCACCCAACCUAGUUUUUCUAUUUUUAGUAGAGACUGGGUCUCUCUCUUGUUCAGUCUGGUCUUGAACUCCUGAGCUCAGGCGACCCACCGGCCUCGGACUUCCAAAGUGCUAGGAUUACAGGCCACCUUAUAAUCCUGUGAGCCACGGAACCUGACCCAAUAUGUAAUUUUUUUUUCUUUUUUGUUUUUUUUGUAGAGACGGAGUCUCACUUUAUUGCCCUCAAUAGAGUGCCGUGGCAUCACACAGCUCACAGCAACCUCCAACUCCUGGGCUUAGGUGAUUAUCUUGCCUCAGCCUCCCGAGUACCUGAGACUACAGGCGCCCACCACAAAGGCUAUUUUUUUGUUGCAGUUUGGCCGGGGCCGGGUUUGAACCUGCCAUCCUCAGUAUAUGGGGCCGGCACCCUACCCACUAAGCCAUAGGCACCACCCACCAAUAUGUAAAUUGUUGUCCCUCACCUUCCUCCCACCCUCUGCCCAAUCUGAUUUCUUGAUUGAUUGUUAUAAUUUACAAUAAUAAUCACCCUGCCUUGACUGUGUUUUGGUACAAGGACUCAUCAAAUGGUUCCAGCAACUUUCUGCUAAAUUGAGAAUCAUUAGGUUACUUCAAGUCUCAAUAGAUUAAGAAUUUCUACAAAAAAAAAAAAAGAAUUUCUCUUAAGGCUCAGUGCCUAUAGCUCAGCGGCUAGGGCGCCAGCCACCUAAACAAGCUGGCAGGUUUGAACCCAGCCCAGGCCUGCCAAACGACAAGAACAACUACAACCAAAAAAUAGCCAUGCAUUGUGGAGGGUGCCUAUAGUCCUAGCUACUUAGGAGGCUGAGGCAAGAGAAUUAAGCCUAAGAGUUUGAGGUUGCUGUAAGCUGUGAUGCCAUAGCACUCUUCUGAGGGUGACAUAGUGAAACUCUGUCUCAAAAAAAAGAAUUUCUCUUAGGAUUAACCAUAACAUUGGGGCUUUUUCUCCUCAUGAUUCAGAGUUAAUUCUGAACAUGGUUCUGAGCAAAUACAUUAAAACAUUUUCUAGCCUUUCUAAUACUGUCUGAUGGUUUUAUAUAUUCAAUAUCAUUAUUAUUGGCUAAGGUAUAUGAUAGGAAACUUGUCACAAUAAUUAAUUUGAACUAACAAGUUCAUAUUAGAAUAUGUACUGAAUUUUCAUUACUUGGAAGAAUCACGAGUUAAAACAAAAAAAGAAAAUUUUCCUGCUUUCUCACACUUAAGCUUAGCCAAAAGGCUGAGAAGCGAUUUUUUCCUGCUUUCUCAAUUAUUCUUAUAUUAUUAACCAGGCAGAAUAGAAAUACAUCAAUAUUUUUACCAGUAAUUUAGCCUUAUUUGGAGGUAAAAGCCCUGCUAGUAAUCAUCAGAGCCCAGAAUUUAACACUGUUCUAUAAACACCAACUCUUAUUUUAUUUUAUUUUAUUUUUGAGACAGAGUCUCACUUUGUUGCCCCAGGUAGAGUACCAUGGCCUCAUAGCCCACAGCAACCUCAAACUCUUGCACCAGAGUGAUUCUUUUGUCUCAGCCUCCCAAGUAGCUGGGACUACAGGCACCAGCCACAACGCCUGGCUAUUUUUUUUUUUUUUUUUUUCUUUUUAGAGACAGGGUCUCACACUUCCUCAGGCUGGUCUCGAACCUGUGAGCUCAGGCAAUCCACCUUCCUUGGCCUCCCAGAGUGCUGGGAUUACAGGUGUGAGCCACCAUGCCUGGCCACUAAGUCCUUUUUAUUUGUAAUAGCCUCUGAGUCUUCCAGGAAUUGCAUCUCCCAUGUAAAAUGAUGGAAGCUUGUAUUUUUAGAAACUUGGCUAAGGAUUGUCCACCAGUCAGAAAAUCACACUUGUGGUUCUUAUAGUUAGACACCAAUACCAACCAUCUCCAGAACAUAGGGAGUCACCUAUAUUACAGGAGUAAGCAGUCAGGCUGACUCCUCAGGUUCUUGGGAGGUGGCCCCACACAUUUGUGUAUUGAAAUACAUUCAUAAACUACUAUCCUCUUAUUCCUCCUUUUCAUUACAAUCGGAGCAAUAAAGGAUUAUUUUUUAA